AUGAAUAAAUAAUUCAUAAUAUUUGCAUUGUUGCUUACAUUAGCAACUAGUCAAACCUAUAGUCUAACAUCGUGCACAUGUGCAUAAUUGUUAUCAGAAGGAGAUUGUAUAAAAAAUACCUAACUUGGCUGUUCAUGGGAUAGCACAAAGAAAACUUGUGCUGUUUCUACUACUCCAGUCACUCCAACAGUGUCUUAUGCAGCAUAUUGUGAUACAUUUGCUGAGGCAGAUUGUCCUAAAGCUAAGCCUUGUACUGAUUGUGGUAACUAUGCUGCCUGUGCCUGGGUUUCAGGAAAAUGUACAUUCUUCACAGGAUGCACAGCCUUUUCAAAAACAACAGAUCCUGAAUGUUAAGCAAUAAGUAAUAGAUGUAUUACAGAUGGAACUCAUUGUGUAGAAGUUGAUGCUUGUAGCACAUAUAAGAAACAACUCCCUUGUGUAAAAAAUACUGCAGGAAGUUUGUGCUAUUGGGAUACAACAAAUAACACUUGUGUAGAUGCUAAUACCUGUGAUAAAUUACCAGCAAGUUUUGCUACAGAUAAAGAAUGCAGAGAUGUCAUAUCAACUUGUACAACAAAGACUGGAGGUGGAUGUGUUGAUAGUGGAAAUAAUUGCAGUGAUUAAACAUUAGAAAUUCAAUGUGUUUGGAAUAAAUUAAAGUCUACUGCAUGUUAUUGGGAUGGAGCUGCAUGUAAAGACAGAAUUUGUGAUAAUGCACCAACUACAUUAACAACUGAUGAUACAUGUAAGACAUUUAGAACUGAUGGAACAUGUACAACAAAAGCCAAUGGAGGAUGUGUUACUAGAACCACUUGUGCAGCUGCUACUAUCUAAGCUGCUUUGUGUUAAAAAUAGUUCAAAUGGAGAUUGUUAUUGGACAGGAACUGCAUGUGUUGA